AUGGCGUUCGCUCAGGCUGCGCGCCUCGGCCCGCUGGUCGAGGCAUUCGAUGCGCUGCAGGACAAGCGUCACCCUGCCCGCUGCGCAGAGUCCAGGCAAUAUGGCAACGGCGGGUUCUCUUCCGUUGUUGCCAAGCUGGCUGCCGCGCAGACAGCCCAGCAGACGACCCGCAGAUCACUAGCCGGUGCGCACUUGCAGGGUUCUCGAACGACGCAUCAGCCUCUCAAGCUCCAGUUCGUCGCACCGCCCACAGACGCUGGCUCAGGUGCUUCCAGUCCGCCCUCUUCGCAGCAGCUGGUCCAUGGCUUGCGUCAGCUUCUCGACUUGGGCAGCUCCCCCCGCUCGCUGAACAUCGAUUACAACGCGCUUUACAGGCAAUGCGAGCUGGUUGCUUCGUACAGUCUGCGCACGUCGGAUGACGAGCCGCUGCAGUCGCUCUACGAAGCAGUCAAGGUGGAGAUCGAAAAGAGCUUGACGGCAUUGACAAAGCAGCUGCGCUCGGACCUCCCGCCUCCCUCGUCUGACGUCAGUGCGACGGCUGUGGAACAGGCUUUGCAAAAUGAACAGGCUUGGCUCGACACCUUCGCGAAGUCGUGGACCACCUGGAAAGAGCGCACGCAUCUCGUCGCCAACAUUCUCUUGCCGCUCGAUCGUGCCGCCUUCCGGCACGCAGCUCGGCUACCUGCAAAGCGUAGUGCCUUCGGAGCUGACGAGGAUGCGGCCGAGGGUGAGGAUGUCCAGCUACGCUUCCAGAUCAAAGAACUCGCCAUCGACAGCUUUGCAUACCAGGUCAUGCGGGAUCCGACGCUCUGCGCUGCCAUCCUGCCCUUCACGACGCGGGCGGUCGACACUUUCUGCCGCAUCCCGCAAGUUGAGGCGCCAGCGCUGGUAUCAUCGAGUGCGGGUAAGCAGCCCCUCCCGCCGCGCUCGAUCGAAGCGUCUGCUUUCCAGCAGCUAUAUGCCGAGUCGAUCCUUAAGCUCUUCUGCGAGACGCAAUCGUACGACGCGCUCAAGAAUGCAGUACACGCCGCAACUGAAGCGUACUACGCUCGCCUCGCUCCGCUCAAGCUCAUUGCCAGCAAAAGUGCGGGCCAGGACGCGUACGCAGCUCUAUAUGCGCACUGGAUGGCGAGCGUCGUGGAACACGAGACUGUGCUGAGCGGGUGGCUCUACGACAAUGAAAUUUACGCAGGAAAAGCCAUGUCGAUCGUCUACAACCGAGUCGCUAACGACCACGCGGAGGAGCUCAGCACAGGCAUAUCAAGUGUGUUUGACGCUGCCGGUAUCGCCACUCUUUCGCAUCUUUACUCCAUCUUCCACGUUGCUUCCAGCCACCACAAAGCCCAGGCGAGCGACAGCAAAGAUGCAGCAGCAACACCGCUUGCGCGCUUGCGCACUGCCUUCGGCGCGUACAUCCGUGGCAAAGUAGAGGCGGUCGUCAACGACAAGAGCAAGGAUGACGAGAUGGUUGACCGGCUGCUGGCGCUGAAGCGCAAUCUCGACGCGAUCGUCGCAGAUGCUUUCCACGCCGACAACGACUUUUCCGCGAGCAUGCGCGAUGCGUUUGCAUGGGGUGUCAAUCGACGCGAUAAUAAACCGCCAGAGCUGAUCGCCAAGCACGUCGACGUCCUCCUGCGCAGCGGCAACAAGACCAUGUCGGAUACCGAGCUAGAGACGGCGCUGAACAAAGCCCUCGUCCUCUUCCGCUUCACUAAGGACAAGGACAUGUUCGAGGAAUUCUACACGCGACACUUUGCCAAGCGCCUGCUGCUGAACAAGUCGGCCAGCUCUGACGCGGAGAUGAGCAUGCUACUCAAGCUCAAGGAGGAGUGUGGACCGGACUUCACGCGCAAGCUCGAGACGAUGCUGAAGGACGUCGCGCUAUCGGACGAUAUCAUGAAGGCGUGGGAGAGGUUCGAGGCCAAGGCGCGUGGCAGUGGCGAGCUGCCCUAUCAAUUUGACAUGUCUGUCAACGUUCUCACCCAAGCACACUGGCCGACGUACCCACAGCAUGAGAUCAUCCUGCCGACAGACAUGGCCCAAGCGACAGAGACGUUCAACGUCUUUUACCAGGGUCGCAACUCGGGGCGCAAACUGCAAUGGCAGCAUUCGCUCGGUAACAACACUAUCAUCGCUGAGUUCCCUAAGGCGGGUCAAAAGGAGUUGCUCGUCUCGACGUAUCAAGCUGUCAUUCUCACCCUCUUCAACGGCAUCGAGUCUGGCAAGCAGUUGCCGUACAAGGACAUCGCCGCGCAGACAGGUCUCGAGGCAGUCGAACUGAAGCGCAGCCUGCAGUCGCUCGCCUGCGGACCGAUCCCAACACGCGUCCUGCGAAAAUCCCCACAAGGCAGAGACGUGAACGACGGCGACACGUUCUCAGUCAACGACAAAAUCAAGAACGAUCGGCUGCGCAUCCGCAUCAACCAGGUCCAGAUGGCUCAGACGCAGGAGGAGCAGAAGGACACCGAGCAGCGUGUGCUGAUCGACCGCGAGCUCGUGCUGCAAGCCGCGGCGGUGCGAGUCCUCAAGGCAAAGAGGGAGAUCAAGCACUCAGAUCUAAUGACCGAGGUGGUGGAGCAGAUCAAGGGUCGGUUCGGCGUUGAGGCGUCCGAGCUCAAGAAGACUUUCGAAUCGCUGCUCGAAAAGGAUUACAUGGAGCGCGUUGAGGGCCAGCGAGGCGUAUACCGCUACGUCGCAUGA